CAGUUGAACAAAGCGAAUGACGAAGCAUGGCUACGUUUAGCACUUCUUUACUACACGAAUGGGGCGAUGGACUUAGCGCACAUGGCCAUCGAAGAAGCGCUCAAGCAUAACCCACUGUUGGCUGAGGCAUGGUGCGCUUACGCUAUGAAGGCUGAUGCAGAGGGAAUAAGUCACGAAGCAAUUGAUAUGUUCCGUCACUCCGUGUCCGUCAAACCGACAAUCCCCGCAGUUAUGAAGUAUACCGCAAUGCUGAGUAAGACACUACGAACGAAGACUUUUGACUCGGCUACGCACUUCAACGUUUCUGGACGUUUCUCAAAUUUGUAUAACUCACUUUAUAACGAUCAAGACUGUAUUAGCAGAGAUCAACUUCUUCAUAUUGCCAUUCUUGCUGAGCUAUUUGGUUAUUACGAAGAUGCAGCCAAUUCUCUCAAAGAAAGUGGAGAGAAAGGAAUUCAUUUGCAGAGGGCUCAGCUAAAAGCUGGCGAGAAAGUUUCUAAUCCUGACAAGUCUCUACAACAUCUGGCAAAGCUAUGUGCGAUGAAUACAGAAGAUCUGUUCAACCUUCUGAAGGAAAAGCAGCCACUAUACAGAGACCUAUUCGAUCGACUUGCUGCUCCAGAAGCAAACGGCUUACAGGAGCUUUACCGUGCCUAUUCUAAGUCCAUUUCUGUGCCCUUGGUGGUAGCGGCCGUGAUUCGUUUUGGAUUGCCUCUAUGUGAUCAAGCUGUCAAUGUGCUCCAUGAAGUUUUACCUCGUCAUGAACUUAUUGAUGUAUUCCCAACAGUCAUGCCAGAAGACAUGGAUAACGGGCUUAUCUAUGUCGAACAAGAUGGUGAAGAGCCUUUUCGGUACAGUCACUAUGUUGCGAAGCCUCUUCACGAGAUUUUGAAGAAACGACGUGAGGAAAUAGAAGCUCAACAAAAUGAAACGACUGCAACUUCUGAGUCAUAA